UUUUUUAAGUAUUAAGUGGCGCUUGCAGUGCACGCUGAGCUGUGUCAGUGUCAGUGACGGUGAGUGGGUGUAUUUUCACCAAUAUUUCCCACCAAAAAAUAAGUAAUUAGGGUGACCAUUUACGAUGUCAAACAUGAUUCCCACGCCGGGAAUUGGUGCUGUGUACCCUGGGAAUGAAGACGAGUGGAAAACGGAGUCAUUCAGGGCAAAAGUCGUCGCGCAGUUUGACGAUGAAGUGCAUAAGACAGGUAAUCCAACCACCAAGUCCAGCAUUGAGAUGGAGAAUCAUGUGUUCCAAAAAGCCAAAAAUAGGGACGAGUACCUCACACUGGUUGCGCGGUUGAUGAUUCAUAUGAGAGGUAUAAACUCCAGGAAAGAAGGAGCUCAGGGAAAGAUGCAACAAAUUGGAGGUGGAGGACAAGAUCCAAUGGCGGCGCUGCAGGGGCUGACGUCAAUAACCAUUCUAGGGGCCCGACCUGGUCAGCAAGGGACGCCUCCCCCAGGACAACAGCAGAUGACGCAGAUGAUGGGUGCCAGGCAGAUACAUGGCACUUCAGCAAGCCAGCUAACAUUGCAGCAACGUCAGAAACAAAUUCAGCUGCAGCUGGCGAAACAGCUGUCGGGAACGGCUAACUCGCCUCAACCGCAAGCAGCUUUCAUGGCUGGUGGACCACAACAGGGGAUGAAUUCUCCCCAGGUGGGGCAGCAGAUGGGGUCCAUGCAGCCUGGCCAGCAGGGCCAGAUGAUCCGAGGACAGCAACCAUUCAAGCAGCUGCAGUCUCAGCAGAUGCAGCAGCAGCUGCAGCAGAUGCAGGGACCUGGUGGCACACAGCAUGUCAGAGGGCAGCAAGGAUUCAAGGCAUUUCAGCAACAGCAGCAGCAGCUUCAACAGCAACAGAUCCAACAGCAGCAACUGCAGCAGCAGCAACUACAACAGCAGCAGCUGCAGCAGCAGCAGCUGCAGCAACAGCAGAUUCAGCAGCAGCAACAGAUGCAGCAGCAACGCCAACAACAGAGCACGCAACAACAGCGGCCACCGGCCUCACCAUACGGUGGCUAUAGCUACAUGUCCCCACAGGCGCCACCCAUGUCCCCAUUUGGCGCUGGCCAGGCUUUUGUGAUGUCCCCACAGGGCCCACCAACGUCCCCGUAUGGGGGCCAACACUUCCUGAUGUCACCACAGCCGAUGACCCAGCAGCCAUCACCAGCCUCUCAGCCUGCAAGCCAGGGGUCCCAGCCUAUGCCGUCUCCAGCCAGUUAUCUUCAGCCGUCCCCGUCACCACAGCAGCCCUCCCCUGCCGGUUCUCAGCGCGGUCCACCCAGCGUCCCGUCCCCAAGUGGUCCCUUGAACACACCAGGUAACCCAGGCUCAGUUGGCCCCGUGCCAAGUCCCGGCAAAGCUCAAGCAGCAGGACAAGGGUACGAUCAGCAGGCCUACGCCGAGAAACGCAAGCAGAUGUCCAAGUACAUCCAGCCCACAAAGAAAGCUAGCAAGGAGGAGGAAUUCCGUAAAGACAUGGGUGGUAAUAAGACCAACAGCCUGGAUCCUAAUAAAAUGUCGACAGUCCCUACUGCCCCUACCUCCAUGCCCACAGCGUCUACCACAGUCAGCAAGUCGAGGAAUAUCUGCACACCGCUGUACGAAGCUAUCAUGCUGAGUGUCAAAUCACCCACACUGAAUCACUCCCUACAGCGGACGUUCGGCCCCGGAAUGACGGCAAUACAUGGCCCACCAACCAACUACCCUACCUCCACGCCCCCAGCCAAACGUCAGAAGACAGAGAGUGACCCCCAGACGUUCACCGUGCCAAACAUCGUGCAGGGAGAAGUGGCCAGGCUAGCCUCCAAGUUCAAAGUCAGCUUAGACGAUGCGCAUCACCUCGGUGGUAGUGAUGUACACCUCAUAUGUAAACUAGAGGAUAAGAGGCUGCCGAGUGUACCACCCAUAGCCGUGACCGUUCCCCACAGCUACCCUGACGUCAGCCCACAUUGGGAUACAAGCACACGGGAAUACAAUCAAACACCGUUCCUCCAGUCAGUCCAGCAAACCCUCUCAUCUCAGCUGAAGAGAAUGCCAGACAGAUUCUCUCUGACGCAGAUGCUGGACGUCUGGGAGAUGUGCAUACGCAAGUCUUGCCUCAAUGCCAUCUCUGCAUAAUUUAUUAUCAGCACACCCCCCUCCCCCAUCAUGCAUACCCCCCCC